UGGACACGCGGCUGCCGUUCCAGGCAGAGAUGUUCAUCCAGAACGUCAUCCUGGUCUUCUUUUGCCUGGGUGUGAUCGGCAGCAUCUUCCCCUGGUUUCUAGUGGCUGUGGGCCCCCUGGUGCUGCUCUUCACCAUGCUCCACAUGGUGUCGCGUGUGUUCAUCCGCGAGCUCAAGCGCCUGGACAACGUCACCCAGUCGCCCUUCAUCUCGCACAUCACCUCCAGCAUCCAGGGCCUCUCCACCGUCCACGCCUACAACAGGGGCCACAAGUUCCUGGACAGGUGAGAUGUCGAGGUGUAGGGUGAAGUUCCCUCUAGACACUGAUCUUGGGUCAGUUUCACAUUUUCCCCACUAAUGGUUAAAGGGAUAGUUUGGGAUUUUGGCAAUGAAGCCCUUUAUCUACAGUACUUUCCCAGAGUCAGAUGAUGUGGAUACCAUUUUUAUUUCUCUGCAUCCAGUAUGAAGGAAGUUGGAGGUAGUUUCACGAGCCAAUGCUAACUAGCUUAGCUCAAAGACUAGAAGUCUUCGGGUACAGCUAGCAUUGCUAGCGCUAAUGCUAAUUAGCAUUGGGUUGCAAAACUAAGUAACUUCCUUCAUACCAGAGAUGUUGAGUCACGUGACUUGGACUCAAGUACUAAUCGAGUCGCAAAUUUUGAGACUUGAAACUUGACUUGGCGAAAAGAAAAAGCACUUGCGACUCGACUUCGACUUGAGCAUCUAUGACUCGUGACUUAACUUGAGCUGUAUGACUCAAGAGACUCUGGAAACUUGUUUAGAUUUCCCCAUCCCAAAAUGGCAUCACCUUCCAUUCAUCCUCUCACCACCUCUCCUAUUGCAGCACCUUCUGUUAUUAGCCAACCAACCUCAACAGAUCACAAUGCGCAUCCAGUGGGCGGGGGGGGGGGGGUAAUGUUCUCAAACUUAUUAGCUUGCAAUGGGUCCCCCCUAUCAUUUGUGUCCGAAGUGGACAGCAAGUUUAGAAUUUUGUUUUUAACAUCCCUAUGUAUCAAAUCAAAUCAACCUUUAUUUAUACAGCACAUUUCAGACAUGGAAUGCAACUUUAAUGGAAAUUACCAUCAAGUACUCAUUAAGUAAAUUUAGUCAAUUAACUGUAUUAAGAUUCACAACCUCUGCACAGGUCGGUCAGAAGCUCUACCAGGGGGCUGUCCCCAAGCACCUUUUAUACUAGGAUACACACAACUCACAUAAACACGAUUCAUCCUCAGCACACGGGAGGAGGUUUGGGUACGAAAGAGAAUGUGUAUCAAGACACCUGCUCCUGAUUAAGUUCUCAGAGGCUAUUUCUGGGCGUUCACCCAAGAAGCUCAAGGUUCUCUCUUGGGUAUUGUCUGCUAACACACACACACACACACUGAAACGUCCUCCUCAUGUGAGCACAAAGCGAACUAGUUAUAAAACAUGUCAUGUAGAAAAUAUGUAUUACAUUAUAGCAACCAAUACACACAAUCCUAUAGCCAGGGUUAAACAAUUCAUAAGCUUAUGUCAUGAUUUUUCCACCACACAACGCAAUGUGCUUCGCAGGAAAAAACAAAUAAAAAACAAUGAAAAUAAAAGCUGAAAUAUUUACUACACAACAAACAUAAGAUUAAAAAAACAAAAUAAUGACUAAAACUGAACGACCCUAAGGAAAAGCAAAGCUAAAAAGAUGCGUUUUAAGAUCUCUUUUAAAUAUGUCCACAGUUUCGGCCCCGCUCAUGUUCUCUGGCAGGCGAUUCCAGAGGCUGGGGGCAUAAUAACUAAAGGCUGCCUCUCCAUGCCUCUUGGUCCUAGGCUUUGGGAUAGUUAAAAGGCCAGUGCUAGAGGACCUGAGGAACCUACUGGGUACAUAACUUAAAAGCAUGUCUGACGUAUUGGGGUGCAGAAUCGUGGAUUUAUUUAAAAACCAAUAGAAUAAUCUUAAAAUGUAUUCUAAAACUCACAGGCAGCCUGUGCAGAGACCUUAAAACCAAUGUAAAGUGUGCUCGCCAUCUGGUCUUGGUCAGUACCUUUGCUGCAGCAUUCUGUAUGUUUUGCAGUUGACCAAUGGCUUUCUUGGCUAGACCAGACAGGAGAGCAUUAAAGUAGUCAAGCCUGCUUGUAAUAAAAGCAUGGAUGAGUCUCUCUGUAUCAGCCUGAGAGAGAAACGGCCGCACCUUGUCAAUGUUCCUCAGGUGGUAAAAAGCUAUUUUGGUCACAUUCCUAAUGUGUGAUUUGAAAUUGAGUUAAGAAUCUAAAAUAACACUUUGGUUUUUUACCUGUAGGCAUACUAUAAAACAUUUUUAAAUAGAAGUUUAUCUAAAUACAUAGACAAUUACCUACUGAAUAAUAUCAGGUUUUUUAAAUAUGCUCAUUCAUGAAUUCAACAAAAAAAUAUGGUGGUGGAGAUUUUAUAAUCUCCAUCAUAUAUCAAAAUGUUGCAAUUUGUUUUUGUUUUAAACUUAUUUUAUAGCUUUGAAUACCAGAAGAGUGAGAUGAUCAGCAGUGACCCUCAGCAGCCUCACAUUUCCAACUUCUGUACAACACAAACCAUCCACAGCAAAAAGCUAUCACCAAUUCCAUAAUGUCAGACCUGAUUGUGGAUUGCAACAUGCUCCUGUCCAUCAUUGAACACAAGCUUUAGUCACUUUUUGUCAGCGGUUGAUAGCAAAUACGCCCAGUCUGUCGCAGAGCCAUAACCUCCAAGAUUGACAACCUGGUUGCCGACAGGCAGACGAAACUCAAAGACCAGAUGACACAAGCUGACCACGUCUUUGUCACGGUAGACAUAUGGUCUGACAGAAAGAUGAGGGGAUUCCUUGGGGUCACCGCUCACUGGAUUGAAAUGGAGAAUGAAGUCCAAUGUGCUGGCGUGUAAUCGUUUUAGAGGAUCACACACGGGAGCGAAUAUGCGAGCAGUUUGCAGGCAUCUGUGAGGAGUACGGGAUCAAACACAAGCUAGAUUACAUUGUGACAAUGCAGCUAACAUAAAAAAAGCGUUCACAGUGUGCUUCCCAAGUGAAGAGGCUGUCCAUGAUGAUCAUCACCUAGAUGAUUCAGACAUAUGGAAUAACCUGGAAGUUGAAGAACAGGAGACCAUCGACACUACUUUGGGUAAAAAUUGUCAUCAACAACGUUUAAAGAGCUCCCGAGUGGCGCAGCGGUCUAAGGCACUGCAUCUCAGUGCUUGAGGCUUCACUACAGACCCCCUGGUUCGAUUCCAGGCUGUAUCACAAUCCAGCCGUGAUUGGGAGGCCCAUAGGGCGGCGCACAAUUGGCCCAGCUUCGUCCGGAUUUGGCCGGGGUAGGCCGUCAUUGUAAAUAAGAAUUUGUUCUUAACUGACUUGCCUAGUUAAAUAAAGGUUAAAUAAAAAAUAAAGUGAUUUGCACAUACAUUGCAACUAGUGGUGGGGGAUGGGUUGAAGGAGACUAAAGUUGUCAGUCCAGCUCAUUCCAAAGUGUCUAAGAUUAUUUUUUAUUUUUUUAUUUAACCUUUUAUUUAACCAGGUAAGCCAGUUGAGAACAAGUUCUCAUUUACAACUGCGACCUGGCCAAGAUAAAGCAAAGCAGUGCGAUAAAAACAACAACACAGAGUUACAUAUGGAAUAAACAAAACGUACAGUCAAUAACACAAUAGAAAAUCUAUAUACAGUGUGUGCAAAUGUAGUAAGUUAUGGAAGUAAGGCAAUAAAUAGGCCAUAGUGCAAAACAAUUACAAUUUAGUAUUAACACUGGAGUGUUAGAUGUGCAGAAUAUGAUGUGUGAAUAGAGAUACUGGGGUGCAAAUGAGCCAAAUAAAUAAGAAUGUAAAUAACAAUAUGGGAAUGAGGUAGUUGGGUGGGCUAAUUACAGAUGGGCUGUGUACAGGUGCAGUGAUCGGUAAGCUGCUCUGACAACUGAUGCUUAAAGUUAGUGAGGGAGAUAAGUGUCUCCAGCUUCAGCAAUUAGCUCAUUGCUCCACACUAGCACCACUUUUAAAGAGGCGUUUGUGGGUGAGUUUGGAGUGAGGGGAAUUCCUGCUGUAGUGAACACAUGCUGGAACGCCACACUGAGGCAGGUGAGAGCAGUGCUCCAUUGCGACUACGUGAAGUUGUGGAUUGCUGGAAGAGGAGGAGCAUAAGGAAUUUAUAUUUUAAUUGAGAGUGUAUGAAAAUGUAUGUACUCACUAACUGUAUGUCGCUCUGGAUAAAAGUGCCUGCUAAAUGACUAAAAUGUAAAAUGGAAAUGGAAACUACUGAAAGAGUUGGGUGACUUUCUUCAGCCUUUUGCAGAAGCCACAGAUAUUACCGAAGGAGAGAAGUUGUCACAAUCCAUGCGAUGGUUCCUUGCAUUCUUUCCCUACACCAUCAUCUGGAGACGCAGAAACCACAAGCGAGCUACCUUACUGGCCUGGUCAGAAGUCUCCAAGCAUCACUGAACAGGAGAUUUCUUAGAAUCUUCAUCAAAGUCAAGAUGACACCCUUCUCAGACCAUGUCUAUUUAAAGCAGCUGUGCUAGAUCCAUCCUUCACACUGAUGUGGCUGGAACGACAUGUUCUGGUGGAUGAUGGACUUAAGGAGAAGGUGACUGAAAUGGUGAAAGGUGUGUAUGUUUUUAUCAUAAAAAUAUUCAAAGUUUACCAAUAGAAUUAAUACUUAGCCUAAUUCAUUUAAUUUAUACAGCAUUUUAAUGUAAAUAGUAAACUAAUAAUAAUAGUACGACUAACCUUUGUUAAUUUUUUUGUUUUUUCAUCAGAUUUAAUUCUGCAAGAGGCUUCAGAGACUGGGCAACCUGUGGAUCCAACCACAACUGAGAAGGAGGACUGUUUUCUGGGAGAGGAGUCAGGGAUGUUUUCAGCAUAUUGCUAAAGACAAAGGAGAGAAGUGUGUGGCACUCCAGCAUCUCAGUUCAGCCACUACCUUGACAUUUGCGAAGGACAGUACAACCUCUGGGCUAUCAACAGAAACACAAUUAUUUUUCUGUUCCGAGUGGCGAUGAGGGUCUUGACAGUGCUUGCUUCAGGUGCUCCUGUGGAGCGUGUGUUCAACCAUACUGCGGCCCCAUCGCUCACAAAUGGGUGAUGGACAAUUUGAUAUUUUGCAAAAGCAAUGCAUUGUAAGAGAGAGAGGAAAUUAAUGAUAAUGUAGCAUAAACGUACUUACAUUGCCUUGCAAAAGUAUUCAGCCCCCUUGGUGUUUUUCCUAUUUUGUUGCAUUACAACCUGUCAUUUAAAUUGAUUUUUAUUUGGAUUUCAUGUAAUGGACAUACACAAAAUAGUCCAAAUUGGUGAAGUGAAAUGAAAUAAAUUACGUGUUUCAAACAAUUACAAAAAUCAAAUAAUGGAAAAGUGGUGCGUGCAUAUGUAUUCACCCCCUUUGCUAUGAAGCCCCUAAAUAAGAUCUGGUGCAACCAAUUACCUUCAGAACUCACAUAAUUAGUUAGAUUUCACACAGGUGGACUUUAUUUAAGUGUCACAUGAUCUCAGUAUAUAUACACCUGUUCUGAAAGGCCCCAGAGUCUGCAACACCACUAAGCAAGGGUCACCACCAAGCAAGCAGCACCAUGAAGACCAAGGAGCUCUCCAAACAGGACAGGGACAAAGUUGUGGAGAAGUACAGAUCAGGGUUGGGUCAUAAAAAAAUAUCAGAAACUUUGAACAUCCCACGGAGCACCAUUUAAAUCCAUUAUUAAAACAUUGAAAGAAUAUGGCACCACAACAAACCUGCCAAGAGAGGGCCGCCCACCAAACCUCACGGACCAGGCAAGGAGGGCAUUAAUCAGAGGCAACAAAGAGACCAAAGAUAACCCUGAAGGAGCUGCAAAGCUCCACAGCGGAGAUUAGAGUAUCUGUCCAUAGGACCACUUUAAGCCGUACACUCCACAGAGCUGGGCUUUACGGAAGAGUGGCCAGAAAAAAGCCAUUGCUUAAAGCACAAAAUAAGCAAACACGUUUGGUGUUCGCCAAAAGGCAUGUGGGAGACUCCCCAAACAUAUGGAAGAAGGUACUCUGGUCAGAUGAGACUUAAAUUGAGCUUUUUGGCCAUCAAGGAAAACGCUAUGUCUGGCGCAAACCCAACACCUCUCAUCACCCCCCGAGAACACCAUCCCCACAGUGAAGCAUGGUGGUGGCAGCAUCAUGCUGUGCGGAUGUUUUUCAUCGGCAGGGACUGGGAAACUGGUCAGAAUUGAAGGAAUGAUGGAUGGCGCUAAAUACAGGGAAAUUCUUGAGGAAAACCUGUUUCAGUCUUGCAGAGAUUUGAGACUGGGACGGAGGUUCACCUUCCAGCAGGACAAUGACCCUAAGCAUACUGCUAAAGCAACACCUGAGUGGUUUAAGAAGAAACAUUUAAAUAUCUUGGAAUGGCCUAGUCAAAGCCCACACCUCAAUCCAAUUGAGAAUCUGUGGUAUGACUUAAAGAUUGCUGUACACCAGCGGAACCCAUCCAACUUGAAGGAGCUGGAGCAGUUUUGCCUUGGAGAAUAGGCAAAGAUCCCAGUGGCUAGAUGUGCCAAGCUUAUAGAGACAUACCCCAAGAGACUUGCAGCUGUAAUUGCUGCAAAAUAUGUCUCUACAAAGUAUUGACUUUGGGGGGGGGUGAAUAGUUAUGCACGCUCAAGUUUUCUUUUUUUUGGUCUUAUUUCUUGUUUGUUUCACAAUAAAAAAUAUUUUGCAUCUUCAAAGUGGUAGGCAUGUUGUGUAAAUCAAAUGAUACAAACCCCCCAAAAAUCCAUUUUAAUUCCAGGUUGUAAGGCAACAAAAUACGAAAAAUGCCAAGGGGGGUCAAUACUUUCGCAAGCCACUGUAGAAGAUAUACAAUGGCUACUCUGAAGGUUGCACUUGUUUUUAUUGUAUAGUCAUGCAAAAACAAAACUUUUUGGAUUGUGUUUUUUUGUUGAAACCUUAAGACUAAAAGUAUUGUCAUUGGUGCCAUUUGAAUGGCCUUUUCUAUCAGUAAUAUUAAUACCCCAAAAAAACAUUUCUAACAUGAUCUUUGACUCAAGUUUAUUAUGGAGUGUAAGAAAAACAGGAAAUAAAAAAUUCCAUUGAAAUUGGCAUAAAACACUUGACUGGACUCGAAACUCAAAAUUAGGGACUUGUGACUUGACUCGACCUGAGGUGUGGAACUGUACUUGAGACUUGCCCAUUAUUACUUGGGACUUACAUUUACAUUUUAGUCAUUUAGCAGACGCUCUUAUCCAGAGCGACUUACAGUUAGUGAAUACAUAUAUAUAUUUUUUUAUACUGGCCCCCCGUGGGGAUCGAACCCACAACCCUGGCGUUGCAAACGCCAUGCUCUAUCAACUGAGCUACAUCCCUGCCGGCCAUUCCCUCCCCUACCCUGGACGACGCUGGGCCAAUUGUGCGCCGCCCAUGAAUCGAGACUUGAAGGUGAAGACUUGAAGGUGAAGACUUGAGACUUGCUUAGGACUUGCAAAAUUGUGACUUGGUUCCAUCCCUGCUUCAUACUGGAUGCAGAGACAUAAAAAUGGUGUCCAUGAGUUAAUCUGACUCUGGGGAGUAGUUAAAGGUUAGUAUGCGGUGAGGGGAAGCUGAUCCUAGAUCUGUACUGGAAAACAUGCUCCACCAAACCCCUCAGAUCAGUCUCGUUAAAUAUGUGCUAUGGAAGUUUAGUUUAUAAUUGUUGUUCGCUUGAAUGUUGCCUCUAUUGUUCAUAUAUGAUGUCAUAUUAAUCAAUGUAUCUCACAGCCUUAGUUCUAGGCAAACAAUAUGCCUUUGUUUAUGAGUGUGGGGAGGCUUUACCCUUUCAGUACAGUGAGGUAAUUUAUGUAUCUUCUGUCCAUUUAGGGCACCCCUUUUGGCUCAAGAGCACCCCCAGAGACAAAGUUCCAUAUAGCCCCUUUUAAAUAUCCUAGUUCCUUGAUGACUAAAGCAAGAAACCAAGCAUCCAAAAGUUGAACUUUUUCUCAAACUUCCCGUCUGUCUGUCUGGUUGUGGUCUCCAGGUAUCAGGAGCUCCUGGAUCAGAACCAGGCUUCUUUCUACCUGUUCAGCUGUGCCAUGCGCUGGCUGGCCGUGCGGCUGGACGUCAUCAGUGUGGCUCUGAUCAUAAUCACAACGCUCAUGAUAGUCCUCAUGCAUGGCCAGAUCCCCCCGGCCUACGCCGGCCUGGCCAUCUCCUAUGCCAUGCAGGUCAGUGCUUCUCCUAUGAAGAAAUCCCUCCCUACAGGAGGGGGGAAACUUAACUUUCACUCAAAUUAGUUAGAUGCUAGCUAGCUAAAAAUCAAUGGGGAAUGAUUGGGGCAUCCAGACAAUUUUCCAAAUCUCCUCUGCUUUCUUUCCCUCACUUUUCUCUUUACUUACCAGUAUUACUCCCCUUGUCUUUCCCCCUUUGCUCUCUGUUACUUCCUCUAUCUUCUCCUCUCUUUCGGUCACUCCACUUUCCCAUCCAUUCCUCACUCAUCUUUCCCUUGGUUGGUUGGUUAUAUAUCUAAACAGAGCUGCGUGGAUCCAUUAUAUGAAAUGACAAUGCAUGUUAUACAUACUUAUUUGAAACUUGGUUCAAAGAGGAGGACAUGGUUACAGUAGUAUAGAUGACAUGAAUGCAUUUAAUUGGAUAAACAUCUUAUCCCUCUCUCCCUCUUUCUCUCUGAGCUCACAGGGCUGUUCCAGUUCACAGUCAGACUAGCCUCUGAAACUGAGGCUCGCUUCACUUCUAUGGAGAGAAUUCACCACUACAUUGAGGUUACUACACUACUAAUACAUGGCACUGCACUUUUACUGUAUAUAUUGUCUCACUAACACUGUGGCCUGCUGCGUGUUUUCAUCAUUCUAAAACUAGGAAACCCUAAGAAGACGGAGAUCAUAUAGCUGAGGCCUAGAGUUUUUCCAAGUUAUUUUAACUACACUUUUUUAAAGCAUUUUGGGCUGCAUUGUAUAUGUUUGAAAGGUGCUAAACAAAUGAAGUGCAGUAUUAUUAUUAUUAUGAACCCCAGAGCGGUCUCCCCUGCUUUCCCCCAGUCCUCUAGUCUCUACUCCUGAGUGGCACAGUGGUCUAAGGCACUCCAUCGCAGUGCUAACUGUGCCACUAGAGAUCCUGGUUCGAAUCCAGGCUCUGUCGCAGCCGGCCGCGACCGGGAGAGUCAUGGGCGGCGCACAAUUGGCCCAGCGUCGUCCAGGGUAGGGGAGGGAAUGGCCGGCAGGGAUGUAGCUCAGUUGAUAGAGCAUGGCGUUUGCAACGCCAGGGUUGUGGGUUCGAUUCCCACGGGGGGCCAGUAUUAAAAAAAAUAUAUAUACAUUCACUAACUGUAAGUCGCUCUGGAUAAGAGCGUCUGCUAAAUGACGUAAAUGUAAAUGUAAAUGUAGCACUGGAGGCCCCGGCCCGCAUCAAGAACAAGGCACCCCCGCCAGACUGGCCCCAGAAGGGCGAGGUGGUGUUUGACGGGACAGAGAUGAGGUACAGAGACAACUUGCCACUUGUGCUCAAGAAGGUGUCCUGCACCAUCCGGCCCAAGGAGAAGAUUGGCAUAGUGGGCCGGACGGGCUCAGGUCAGUGGAAACAGUCAGUGAAACAUCUCUCGAAGCCGUGCCCUGUUUGAUCAUGUAUCUGAAAAUCCUACCCAUCUAUAAUAUAAUCUCAUGUGUUAUAUAUCCAGGAACGAGGUCAAUUUCACGUAAUUCCUAUUGAAACCUACAUUUAUAUCUUUUAAAUAUAGUUUACGCUAGCUCCAGAUUUAUUUUGCAGAGUAUGUCCCCCCUGCCCUGCUCUAUCCACAGGGAAGUCUUCUCUGGGCGUAGCUCUGUUCCGUCUGGUGGAGCCCUGUGGCGGCUCCAUCAAGAUAGACGGCAUCAACAUCUGUGACAUCGGCCUGGCCGACCUCCGCAGCAAGCUGUCCGUUAUCCCUCAGGAGCCUGUGCUUUUCAGCGGCACAGUCAGGUGGGCAUGCCACUCAAAUGCUCACUGUACUAUUGUGACUGUAAAUGAACACUGUCACUAGCCUGGUGGUCCCAGAUGUGGUUGUGUUGUCUUGCUGAGUUGGCACAUGGGAUUUUUCCUUUAGUCCCACCCACUGAUACAUUUAUUCUGGUGACUGCCGAUGCAUUGUCUUGAAGUUGUCCUUGUCCUCUAUCCACCCCCAGGUCAAACUGGACCCCUUAAACCAAUACGCAGAGGAGCUGAUCUGGGACGCUCUGGAGCGGACACACAUAAAGGAGUGUGUGAGUAUCCGGGACUCGGUCAUCCACAGAGUAAGAGACUACACGAGAGAGUAUGCUCAUACUAGAUGACUGGUUUUUUAGAAAGAUGCUUGUGUGCCAGCAGGUGGGGUGGAGUUAUAGGCACAGAGGCUCAGAAGGGCAGAGGUAACACAGGACUGAGAAAUUAGACCCAUGUCUAAUUUCCUGUCUUUGUUUCAGUACUCUCUCUCUCCCUCUCUCUGUCCAUCCAUCCAUCCAUCCAGGUGUCUCAGCUGCCCCUGAAGCUGGAGUCAGAGGUGGUGGAGAAUGGAGAUAACUUCUCUGUGGGAGAGAGACAGCUGCUCUGUGUCGCUAGAGUCCUGCUCAGACAGUGCAAGGUACCCUUCAAAAUGGGAAUUGAGAGAAUUGUAAUUUUCAUGUGUUUUGACAUCUAAUGGUUUUCCGGGUAGCCAACCUUGUGUGUAGAAAGAUAACUUUAGUCGUCUAUGGUCACAGCACCUUUCUGACUUAGCUCUCGGUGCCCCCUCCCUUCUCAGGUCCUGAUCUUGGACGAGGCCACAGCAGCAAUGGACUCGGAGACGGAUUCUCUGAUCCAGGAGACAAUCCGCAAUGCCUUUCAAGACUGCACCACCCUGACUAUAGCCCACCGGCUGCACACCGUACUCAACUAUGACCGCAUCAUGGUACUCAACCAGGGACAGGUACACACAACACAAGCUCAUCUACUGUACAUUCACUUGCCUUUUACGAGAGAUUAGUACUAUAUGUGUAGCAGAACUAGCUAGCUAGUGAGUCCUGAAACUGUGUUGCCCUGUAGCUCAACCUAAGCAUGGUUUUAGUAGGGCAGGAAGCUGCUUUGUGGUCACAAAGUUGUUUUAAACAAGGGUUUGCAUCUCGGGUCGGUCAUACAGAGACGGAACGUGAGGUUACAUACAUUCACAUUUCCUGUCUCUACAACUGGCUAAUUGGCUUGGAAGGCUUUUAGGUCUUACUAAAUCAACAUUUAUGUAGUGAUACUCCCUCACAUCUAUGCUCCAAGGAAUCCCUAAAGCCUUGUUUUGUUUUCCCCAUCCUCCAUUUCAUUUAGGUGGUGGACUUUGACGAGCCGUCCAACCUGCUGGCCAAUGAGAACUCUCGAUUCUGUUCCAUGCUGGCUGCCGUAGAGAACAAGAUCUCUGUGAAAGGC